UUGCCCUAUCGGAACGCGUGUUGUACGGCGCACGUUGUAAUUGAGUUUUCGUUUGUACUUAAAAGCAACAUAAUAGACGAUCAUGCCAACUGAAAACAGUGGCAAACGUAAAAGGCCCAAGAAGAAGGGCAAGAAAUUUAUGCGCAAUGCAAAAGGCUUUGCCAAACAAGGUAUUUUUGGACGCGGCUCUCAUAUUGAUGGUGAUCAAUUCAACUAUUUUAUAAACAUCUUGGAUGCCAUGAAGGCAGGUCUCGAAGAUGUGGAAGAGCGAGUCAAUAUGGCCAAUAACGUGUUCGAGCAGACAAAGGACCACGAAAUCGACUUGGCUGCCAAUCAAGUUGUCUCCAAGGCUCUUGAGUCUCUUAUUGGAUUUGUGGAAGCUCCACAGCUUGAAAGGUUUUUUACCAAAUUCGGCGACAGCCUGCGUCCCAUGUGUUCCGAUCCUUUUGCAUCGCAUGUUCUGCAAAAAAUGGUGGAAAUAGCAUUUCUGCGAGGAUUGGGACAGACAGCAGCUCGGGAACCGUCAGAAGACGAUGUUUCCGACCCAGCCAAGAAAGCCAAGCCCGAUGCCGCGCAGAUCGAAGAGCAGUACAAUUUGGAGACCGAAUUUAGCGAGGAGCAUCGUGAACAGUGCCGCCAAUUUGUUCUACGCAUAUCCAAAUUCAUGCUUAACAAUCUGGAGGAUUUUGUGUGGGAUGCAUGCGCCACGCACAUCAUGCGAACAGCUAUACUCUGCCUUGUUGGCAUCCAUGUGCCCAAAAUAGCUUUCGUGAAGGGCGGCGCCGAGUUGACCAAGCAUCGCAAACUUUACAAGGUGCCCGAAGAAUGGCCUGAGGUCAUGAAGGAGUAUCCACAGCGCCUGGAAAUGUGGCCUCAGUUUGUGGACUUUCCCUACCAGGAACACUCCUCUGCUCUGCUGGGUGUUAUAUGCUUAUCGCUUAGUGCGGUCGAUAAGAACAUGUUAAAGCAUUUUGGCAAAAAAAUAUUAAUGGAAAGCUUGCUGAAACCGGACGAUGCGACUAACGCUGACGAUGAAGACAAGCCGAAGGCGAUCAAAAUUGAAAUAGAUGACGAGGCUGACGAUCCCGCCACUAAUGAAAAGGCGGUGGCACCAGCAACUGAAGACGACAAUGCUAAACCUAAGGUGGUGCUGCCCAAAGUCUUCCAUUACCAGUGCGCUGUUAUACUGCUUGAGACUCUUUUGACUGUGGCAGGUGGAAAGCUGCUGACUCAACUUUAUGCCAUGCUUUUUAGCGGUCGCGUAGCUCACCUGGCCCUAGGGCAACAAACCAACUUUGCCGUGCAGCGUCUGCUACAGCACUUGAAAGAUGUGCCCGACUUUGAGUCAGUCUUCGAUGAGUUACAGCCACAGAUUGAGCAGUUGCUGAAAACGGGUCUAACGGGCGUGGUGUCUGCCCUAAGCGCUGCCUGCCUGCGCUUGGGCGCCAAGCAGGCUCAGAUGAUAGGAGCACUUCAGGCCGCCUUACAUGUGGCUGGCGACAAAGAGAAAUCCAAGAUGUUCUUUAACUGUCUUGUUAAACUGAAGCCCCAUGAGCUUAUCGCCGACGAUCAGUCCGCCUUCGUGCAUCUACAUGGAUCGCUAAUAGUACAACAUGUGCUUCAGUUCAAUAAGCCCAUCUUCCUAGUCAACUGCAUUCUGGAGCUGCCUGCUGUGCAGCUGGCGCAAAUCCUUAACACACCCAAUGGCUCGCACAUUGUCGAUGCCUUCUUGCAGAGCAAAUACAUUGGAGAGAAGUCACGAGAGCGUCUUAUCCGCCAGCUAGAUGGCUUCUAUGUGGACCUGGCUAUCACCCGGCACGGUUCACGCGUCAUGGAGCAAUGCUUCAAGGCUGCACAAGAAGCGCAAAAGCUGCGUAUGGCUAAGGAAUUGAGCUCUAAGACCAACAUGUUAAAAGGCUCUCCAUAUGGCAGCCUUAUACACUCCAAAUAUCGUUUGGAGACCUACAAGCUGUCGCCCAGUCAGUGGCUAGCCAGUCUGGGUCAGCAGCAGGAGCAGGAGAAGCCGGCGCAGACGAAAAAACGCCCUGCAAAGACAGCCACCGAGUUAUUUAAGGAUAUACUUAGCUAACGUGUCAGCUAACGAAACAAAUAUAUAUACUACUUAGUAUGUACGUAAUAAAUUCAUUUUAAUUA